UGCAACAUCUUCUGACAAUGCAACAGAAAGCGGAUAUCAGCUGGAAACCUCUAUUUCCACCAACAGUGCCAACAAUGAACAAGAAGAAGCUUUAUUUGUUGGCUUCAACCACCAUCGCACACUCUGCAUCUUCGGGGCUGCUCUCCUAUAUGAUGAAACAACCGCUACAUUCAAGUGGUUGUUCGAUGCAUUUUUUAAAUGUAUGUCAGGAACCCGACCAACAUCAAUAUUCACCGACCAAGCUGCUG